CAGAAAGUAUUAGCCUGGUUACUCAGUCUCAGCAGAAACAGGGCGGUGCUGUCCAAAAUCCACCUCUGCGACUCCGAGUGACUUUCGAUCUUGGUUGCGCUCCUUCAGUCGGGAAUGCAGCACCGCCUCAGCCAUGCGCAAGAGAGGCGCGCCACGGACAUCCUGUGACCUGUGCCGCAGGCGCAAGAUAAGAUGUGAUCGGCUCGAGGGUGCCAUUGGGGAGACGUGCAGCUUCUGCGUACAGCGACGCACCGUCUGUUCCGUGUCCGCGGAGGGCGCCAGGUCGGGUCGCUUGCAUGGCCGAGACGUGCGGCACCCCAGUCCUCCAGUAGAGGUGGAGAGCGCAGGCCCGACCGUGGAUCUCGACGAUCUCUUCCAGGACAUCUUCGAGGCGAGGGUGCUGCUGCCAUGCGACGACACGCUGCGCUUCACACCCAUCAAUGAAGCGAUAGGUCUCGCUAACCCCCUCGCCAUCGCGGCAGCCGCCUCUCCCUCGACGCCGUCCACGGGCAUCGACUGGCAACAAGAGGUUCCCUUGGGUUUCAGUGGCCUGACACGAGCACUGCUCGAGCAAAGCGUGAUGCACUAUCUCGAACACGUCGACCCCACGCUUCCCAUCCUGAAUACGUCCCUCUUCCAGUCGCAGUACUCGGCCUACCUCGCCGUGCUUUCCCCCAGCAGUGGAGGAGCCAGCGACAGCCCUGCGACGACAGCAUUCGAGCUGCUUCUGCUCGCCGUGGCUGCCAAGGGGAUGGGCUUUCUCAUCACUUGCCCCACCCGGCACGCGGUCCAGCAGCAGAUCCUGAUGCGCAUCGUGGCGCUUAUCGAGGCGCACGAGGAUCCCCUCGAAGCCUAUGGCCUGGCGUUGCUGCAGACAAUCGUCAUCGUCUCGGACAUUGUCAUGAUCGAGACCAAACAGCAGGCGUGGCUGCAGCAGUACCCAAGCCCGCUCAAGGUCCACCCGCUGAGCCACGAGGCACUCGUCCAUCUCGCCUUGCAGCUCCUUCGUCGUCGCACCAAGCACAGCCAGCGACUCGAGACGCUCGAGCUGUCUCGUGACAUGCAGCACCUGGCCGAUCGCACGGCGCUUCUCAAAGUCGUCUUCAUCCUGGAUGCGCUGCGCACGCGUGCGGGCCAGGUGCCCAUGAUCAAGGACGAGCAAGUCGUGUCGUUCCUGGGCCACGAGCGCAGGACCGACGGUGUCGACGACUGGAUCGAAGCACUCGUCGUUCUGGCUCGCAUCUCUCGCACUUUGCAGUUUCUCUGCUACGCGAGGAGCGCCGCCAGGUCCGGAAUCCAGGGUAGAGCGCUUCUGGACAUCCUGGAUCGCUUGGCACAGUGGCAUGCUGUCCUGCCCGUGGCCUUGCAGUGUGGCACCCACGUGCCCAUUGCUGCUGCUGCUUCUACUGCUGCUGGUGCUGGGACGCCGUCGAUUCAAGCGGCCAUCCUUCGCGCGCUGUGGCUCUCCAAGUUUCUGGUCUUGCAGUCCGUCAUUGUGACCCACAGCAUCCUCGGCGAGCCCUUUAUUCAGCACGAGGUACGCCAGACGGUGGCGCUGCGAGCAAACAUGGCCUUUAUGGAGACAGUCUAUCUGGCCUCUGUCUGCACGGAGCUGGGCUUCUUUGAUCGCACGUUUGAAAUCACGCGAAACUUGGCGGCCGCCUGCACCCGGCGAGCAAUCGAGCGACUGCACCGCUGGGAAGAAGAAUUAGACGACGAGAGCAGCAGCAGCAGCAGCAGCAGCAGCGCGGCAGUCACGGUCUGGUGCGGCGACGAGGAGGAGCUCAUCAGCCACAUCGAAGUGCUUCUGGGCGCAGUCGAGAGUGCGAGGAGCUCACUCGACACGGCAGGCAUCGUGCUGCAGCUGCAAGAGGCACUCAAGGCGACCAACAGGCCUCCGCUGCAUACCGGCCGAACGCAUCAGUGUGGCUAUUGCACGCCACGCCUCGACGCCACGUCCCAGUAUCAACAGACAAGAUGACAUGUCCUGAAGCUCGCUUAUCAACGACGGCCGUCUUGUAUACCCCGGUCUUGUGUGUUCAUAGGACGUUCACAUACUCAACAAUGUCCUUGCAUUUCACUACAUGUACAGAUUUCCACUCGCUUCAAGACGAAAGAGCCCGUGUAUGCCGGAUGUGGUAG